AUGUCUAAAGAUACACGUUCGACUACUAAAGGCAUCAAAGUUGGUGUUAAUAGCGUUACAUGCUGUUUUUGUGAUUAUGUUCCGCCUGCAGAAAGUGUACCUAAAGACAUUCUGCCUGCUAUGAACAACUGUAGAAAUCUCGGAUACAUUUGCGAUGGUUGCCUCAGGUCUUUCGAUGGUUUGAAAACAUUGACCAAACCAAUUCUGGAUAAAAAUGAUGAAAUAGAAUUGGAAAUUAAAAAGAUUUCUGAACAUACAACCGCGUUAUGUAAAGAUUUUUGCGAACUAAAGCAAUUGGUAGUAGCAAAUGGUGAUAGGUUGAACCAGAUCAAUAGCGUCGACAAUACGCUCGAUAAAUCAUUUGACAAUUUCAAGCAGCAGAUGAAUGAAUCUUGGACUGGUAUAGUCAAACAGGGUAUCGAUGCGGUUAAAAAUGACGUCAAGAUUGUGCAGCGUACCCUCGAAGUGGUGAAUACUAUCAAAGAGAGAGAAAACAACGUCAUUAUUUUCAACUUAAUUGAAUCUAAUAGAAAGGACAAUGAUUCAGUUUCUGCUAUUUUGCGCUCUCUCACUGAUAACUCUAUCAAGGAUGAUGAUAUUUUAAGAGGAAAAUUGAUGAUUCCAAAACUCCACGUCCAGUUAUUGUUAAAUUCGCCAGUUUUGUCAUCAAAAACAGAGUCAUGCGUAGGGGCCAAGUCUGUUAUAGCAAAGUUUAAUGUUGUUUAUCAAUUGUUAUCUGGUGGAUUGGACAUUUUCCUUUUGUGUGAAACGUUGCAUGGUUCUCCUGAAGAUCCUUCUAUUCAGUUGGCCAUGCCGCCAGGUUUUAGUUUCUUGCAAGUGUUGAGGCCUCAUGAUCCUUACCAUGGUGGUCUUAUUGUUUUUUUCAAGAAGAUGUUCAAGGCCAGGAAAAUUGAAGUUCCGGUUUUUCAGACCUUCGAGGCUAUUAUAGUUGAAUUUUCUUUUAAGCGUCGCAAAGUUUUUGUUUUUGGUAUUUGCAGACCAGGUUCAAAAUUGGUCACAUCUUUGUUUUUUGGUGAGCUGACAUCGGUGUUAGAACAUUUAUUUGCAUUGGGUGAUGGUUUGAUAGUGGCUGGGGAUUUUAAAAUUCAUAUUGAAAGGCCUGGUGAUACACACUCAAUUAAUUUGCUUGAAAUAUUUGAUUCGUUUCAGUUAACAAACGUGGUUAAUGAGCUUACCCAUAACUUGGGUGGCACACUUGAUUUAGUUGCGUCCACUCCUGAUAUUCCUUUGUCUAAUUGUAGAGUGGAUCCCAGUGGUGUUUAUUCAGAUCAUGGUCUGAUUAAUGUUUCAUUCUCGAAGUAUAAUAAUUUCAAGUGGUUUUGUGAUACGUGCAACAAUGUUUCUCCAGACAUCAAGUCAUCAACGGAAAUAGACACGGAUUUGCUCGCGAAGGCAGUUGGCAGAAGUAAACAGGAAUUGAUGAUUAAAAUUGAUGGAUUGACUGAUGCCAGUAAAAUCAUAGAAUCGGAGCUCCGGAAUAUCAGGUGUGCAGUAAAAUUGAAUGAUGAAAAAUUAAGCAACAUUAAUCAUGCUUUUGAUGAGAUGCGUACGGGCAGUGGUGCAAAUGUGGAAAAAAAGUUGAAUGAUGCGACAGAUAUCGAGAAGAGAGAAAAAAAUUUGGUGCUUUUUAGACUUGCUGAAGGAGACGGCGACAAAGAACCUAUUAUGACGAUUUUUAAUCACUUGACUCGAAACGAAGUUGCCGAGAAAGCAGUUGUUAAAGUAACGAGACUAGGGAAAAAACAAGAAAAAUUAAACAUACCGUUAUUGAUUAGUCUUGAUGGUGUUGAGUCGAAAAACUUAAUAAUGGACAAUGUAUCACGAAUGAAAUCGUUGGAUGAUGUCCUAAAAGGUGUUUGGCCUAGUCAUGACCUAUCAAAUGAUCAGAGAGAUGAGUUGAAGAAGUUGAUCAAUGAUGCAAAAAAGCAAGAAUCUGUAAGCGGUUAUUUUUUAUUCAAAGUGAGGGGGCCUCCGUGA